AUGGACAGAUGUGGACAGGAAACGAGGUACUGUAAUCUUCUAGCUGCAUGCAAUAGACACCUGCAAAUACGUGCACACCGUGAGGCUCGUGUCUGCCGUACAUGAACACACACCUGCUGAUUCUGCAGCCUCCUAAUGAUAGCGGCACAGAUGUUAUGAAUGACAUCAUCACAACUAUGUUCAAUAAAAAAUUUAUGGAAGAGCUGUUUAAACCACAGGAUCUCUAUUCCAAGAAAGCUCUGAGAACCGUGUACGACCGGCUAGCUCAUGCUUCGAUCAUGAGGCUGAAUCAGGCAAGCAUGGAUAAGCUCUAUGACCUUAUGACUAUGGCUUUCAAAUACCAAGUCCUGCUGUGCCCUCGGCCCAAGGACAUACUGCUCGUCACCUUCAACCACCUGGACGCUAUCAGAGAUUUUGUUCGAGAUGCCCCCAGCAUCCUUAACCAGGUGGACGAAACGUUCCGGCAGCUCAUCGAAGUAUACACCCCUCUUUCUGCUGGUGAAUUUCAGCUCAUCAGGCAAACGCUCCUCCUUUUUUUUCAGGACAUGCAUAUAAGGGUCUCCAUCUUUCUGAAGGAUAAAGUACAAAACUCCAAUGGCCGCUUUGUACUGCCAAUAUCUGGCCCUGUUCCAUGGGGUACUGAAAUUCCAGGACUUAUCAGGAUGUUUAAUCACAAUGGAGAUGAAGUUAAAAGAACUAAAUUUACCACUGAUGGAAAUUAUGUCAUGCCACAAAGGGAAGGAUCUUUUGAUCUUUAUGGAGACAGAGUCCUUAAACUUGGAACAAAUAUGUACAGCGUUAGCCGGCCUGUUGAGACACACAUGGCAGGAUCAUCCAAAAGCUUGGCGUCCCAUGAAAAGGAGAAUAUAGCCCCUAAUCCUCUUGCUAAAGAAGAAAUGAACUUCUUGGCGAGGCUGAUAGGAGGCCUGGAGGUCAAGGAAGCUGGUGGCAAUGAAACAGGCUUUCGACUAAAUUUGUUCACAACGGAUGAGGAGGAAGAGCACGCGGCGCUGGCCGGCGCGCACGAGUCGCCCUACGCCGUGAUCAGCAUCGCGGCCAGCCAGGAGCCGGCGCGGCAGCAGGAGCUGGCCCGCAUCCUGGGGGAGCUGGAGGUGGCGGAGCCGCGCGCGGGCAGCGCGGCCAAGGGCGACGACCUGCUGGCGCUCAUGGACGCGCUCUGA